AUGUCGAACACUGUAUCUCCCACCACAUCUUCGGACGUUACGGCGGAGGUUCUAGCCUUGAUCAACGCCGCGUUUUCCGAGCGCGACGAGGCCAAGGCACGCUUAGAGGUUGCCACUAUAAAGCUGGGCGACAUUCAAGCGCGUGAGGCUCUUUGCGACGAGAGAGAGUUUGAAGCUCGCGAUGCUCAGAAGCAGCUGGCCUUGACAUGUCGGCGCCAGGCAGCGGACCUGCGAGAUGUCAAAGCGAAUUUCAUCAACUUGUUCAACAAGUUCUAUUGGAAGUUGCGUCGCCUUCAAGAUGAUCCUGAAGAGAUGAAGGAGGUCGUUGCAGAUUUGAAAAGGACGCUGGAGGUGUACGAGGUCACCAAGACCAAGUACAGUGACGACGAAGAUCUGGAGUGCACCUUUGACGACGAAGAGCACAUGUAA